AUGAAAAUCAAGGACUUGGCAGCAAUUGCGAAGGUAGAGGCAUCUGGUUUCGUUUCACCGAUCACUAAAAUUUAUAACCCGACUGUGGAUGGAAAAGAUGUCAGAGGAGACAUUAUAUUCGUCAAGCCUGACUUCUUCAACGGUCUCUUUAGUGAGCACGCAAGUGACGGCACGACGACACCCACUCAAGGAAAUGUUCAACGCUAUAGAUUUCUCGCCCACACCUGCGAAUUAAAUAUGAAAAAUAUGGCGGAUGCCGACACGGAUUUCCCGGUCGCUGAAGUCGGCAUUGUCGUCUCACACCGAACAAGACCAUUGACGAUCGAGAAACUAGAGGCUAUGGUCGUCCACCUUGUCUCUCUCGAAGGUAUCGAAGAAAUGAAGAGUCCCGAAUUUCCGGUUCAGGCCAAUAAGCUAGUCGCCAUGACUUCGUUAUAUAGCUGGCAAUAUACAUAUCUACCGCUCAAUUCCUUCAACAUUGUGGAUGCUUUUGAAAAGCUAGCGGGAUCAACAACCAUGAUGAAGCCAUUGGAGACGGAUAAAAUUCCUGCUACCGAUGGCGAAGAGACUGUAGCUUUCACACGAGGGCCACUUAUUCCAACAAAGGCUACGACUACAAAUUUGAUUAAGGAGUCUAUGGGCGGCCAGCAUUUACAGAUUCUUGAUAGAGGUUUCGGAAUUAUGGAUCUCUCGUACUCCAGUGCAUGGCAGCUCGGUCGUACCCUAGCCUUAGCGGACCAGCCUUUUGCCACAGCGUUAUCGAGAGUUCGGAAACAGAUUUACGAUCGUGACCUAAAUGAGUGCCAGUCGCAGCUACUGGCACGAGCAAGACUACCUCAUACGACGAAAUCUGGGAUACUCCAGAGCAUAUCUGACUCUUUUGAGGCUCUUCUCAGCCUAUCCAAUGAUAACGACCGUCAUACCUUUGUUACAGGGCGGAGCAAAUGGACGCGAGAUAUUAACCUUGGCUUCAAUUUCAAUCUUGCGUAUUCAAGUAACGAUAUGGAAGCAAGUAUAGAAAGUGCGCUUUGCUCUGCCGCGUGCUACGUUUCUGGUUCUGAUGAUAUUCUGGAACCUUAUGAUGAGUUAAAUGAUCCCAACUCAUCUGAUUUAUUGGAUGAUACUUCUUCGAUGGCGCACCUUCAAAUUGAAAGCAUACGCUGCUUCAAUAUUGAUCGAAACUGGAUCAAUGUGCUCAUUGAUGGUAGCUUAUCACUGGCAAAUCACACCGACCUCAAAGAAGAUAAAGUCCGAAACGUAAUGAAGCGCUGCAUCAACAAAUACUUCGAAACAACGAAGACCGAGCAGUUCUUUACCGCGGCAAAGGAGAUAGCGGACGAUAGCAUUACCUUACUAUAUAAAAAGAUAUAUACGGUCCUGGACCCUACAGACCCCAAACGGGGAGAGUCCCUGGAAGCCGAAACCUGGCACCGAGAUUCGUCCAAAGACUCGCCCGAUUUACAACAGCAAGGUCGUAUGUUCCUUUGGAGCUCGAAAGCUUCUGAUCCGAAUGACAAGUCCGAUGACCUACGCUUCUUAAACGUGGAAACUCUGGCCAAGGAUCUUAACGCACAGCUCAAGAAGCACAUGAACGAUGAGAAGAACACGUGGUAUGGCGAGGAUCAUCCUACUUCCGCAACUAUGGCGAUAAAAUUGAAUGAUCCAUGUUGGAGGUUGGAGAUUCUUCUUGCCCCGGCAAGUCUUAGCCAAAGCGGCGCGAUCGACGAUUCUAAAUCUACUCCUCCUCCUGGUUUUUCUCUGUCCUACCACGUACCUACCCCAAAAACUAUUUCUGCGCUGCCUAAAAGAAGGAGAAAUGUGAUUUCUGCGGAAGGUCAAUCAUCAACAAGAACCCGACGUCUACCUACAACAGACUGUCCACCUCCAAAUCACCAGGUAUUGCAGUUUAUAGAAAAACUACCUCCACUAUUCCUUCCAUUCCCACUACCAAAAGGUUACAUCUUUACAGAACCUGCGCAUAAACCUUACUACGACUACAAAAUAUACCCAGUCACCACUCUAGCUUCCGAGAAGCCACCAUCUUUAUACAUUCCAUACAACAAAGAUAUCAAAAAACGGGACCUCAUAUUCUCCGUUAUCUAUAAAUCAGGGGCGCACUCAUUCCUCCUACAGCGCUUGACCUUUCAUAUCCGUUUCGAGUCAGAUGAAUAUGAAAACCCGAUACUUAUGACAUCGUAUAACGGUAUCGGCGCAGUCAUGUUGUCGAACUUGAGGUUAAAUGUCAGGGUUCAGUAUACCAUAGUUGAAGAUAACAAAGUCGAGCUUGUCAUAAGUCUCAUACCCAGGAGCACGAGACAAUGGGUUGAGGUUUCAAAACUGAAAGAGCUAAGUUUUAUGCUGAAGGGGGUGGAGGUCGCGAACACAAAAAAGACGAGAACAGUGACGUUGCAGAUAAAUGAAAAGUAUGUUAGUGGGAAUUAUGAUGAUGAGGUGAAGGUUGAAGUGCAAGGUAGCGAGAAAAAAACAAUCGACGUUGAAGCGGCUAGCGCAGCAGAGGGUAGUAGUGAAUUGUUCUCACUAUGGAGUGACAGUGGGUUUGUCAGUCCAACUAGUCCUUCAGGUGGUGCAUCAGUGUGA